AUGGGAAACUUACCGAGUGAGAGAUUGGAACCUCAGCCGCCAUUUUAUAUCUGCGGAGUAGAUUAUGCCGGACCACUCAUGAUCAAAAAUAAGAAAGGUCGUGGUUCGAAACUUUCUAAAUGCUACGUCAGUCUAUUCAUUUGUUUCGUGACGAAAGCAAUACAUCUGGAGUUAGUUUCCGACCUAACGAAAGAUUCAUUUAUUUUAGCACUUCGUAGGUUUGUAGCGCGAAGAGGAAAACCUCUAAGAAUAUUUUCUGAUAACGGAAAGAAUUUCGUCUCUGCCAGUUCUGAACUAGCCGAGUUGGGUAAGUUCAUUCAAUCUCACGAACUUCAAUUAACAGAAUCAUUCUCAAUCGAAGGUAUUGAAUGGAAAUUCAUUCCACCAUACUCUCCGCACUUUGGAGGUCUGUGGGAAGCCGGUGUAAAAUCCAUAAAAUAUCAUAUGAAACGAGUCAUGGGAAACGCUCACCUUACUUUCGAAGAACUUUAUUCUUUAUUAACGCAAAUCGAGGCAAUAGUAAAUUCUCGUCCACUCACACCACUUUCCACUCAUCCAUCAGAUCCUCUACCUCUUACUCCGGCACACUUCUUAGUCGGAAGAUCACUCAUUGGGGUACCAGAUGCAGAUUUGAGAACUGUACCACAAAACAAAUUGUCAUCAUAUGAAAGGAUGCAGCAAAUCACCCAGCAUUUCUGGGAAAGAUGGAGCAAAGAGUUCAUUUCCGAAGUUCAGCAUAGGCUCAAAUGGAAAACGUCUCAACAACAAUUAAAGACGGGAACUAUCGUGCUGAUAAAAGAGGAGGACCAACCACCCAUGGUAUGGAAGCUUGGAAGAAUCGAGGCAGUGCAUCCAGGCAAGGAUGGUAUCAACCGAGUGGCAACCAUUCUGACUUCAACUGGAAUGGUCAAGAGAUCUUUCAACAGAAUAUGUCCACUUCCAAUAGAGGAGAUUGAAAGCCAGUCCUUUCAAGGUGGGGGCCAUGUUCAGGCGUUCACCCUGUAUAGUCACUCCCUUCCCGGAUGCCAGACACAACCCUGA